AUUGACAAUGGUUAAAUGGGGGUUGCUAGUUGGCGUCAGGCGGGAAAAGUCGGAAAAGCCAGACAACAGACGCGGCGUCGCAAUAAUCAUAAAGGCAAUAACAAAACACGGCCAAAGGAAUCAUAAAUUCAUGUGUCAGCGAUUCGGGCUUCCUAGGGGCUUCGGUUUUCUUGGGGGUUAAAUGUCUCCCCUUGGUUAUUCAUUCAUGGGUCGUAAUUAGCCGAGUAGUUGCAGUUGCCUGAAUAAUUUGGCAGCCACAACGCAACUUGGCCAAUUAGCCGCUUAAAAGAUGUAUACACAAACAAAGACAGGUGGGCCGCACUUUUCGCUUGACUAAGGUCAAAAGUUGUCUCUCUCUCCAUAAAGAUGGUCCCCCAAAAACAAGAAAAAUAGAACCCAUCUGAACUUGAUGCUGUCGCUGAGGCUGCCGACGCAUCGCGAGGCUAUGGCGGCUAUUUUUAACGGAAAAGCACGCCCGCACGGCCAAUAAAUUUUACCCAGAAAAUGAAAAGCCAAAGAAAAAAAGGAGAAAAAGAAAACAGAAAACAGAGAGAUCGGAAAGCAUAUAUGUAGGCAUUCGAGACAUUCAUAUUAAUUAAACUUUGCAAGUGGAAAUCUACUUUGAAAACUUUAAAACUCAUUUCUUUUCGUGGCGGAAUGUAGUUGUCAAAUCGCACGCACAACAGGGAAAACAAACCAGCGGGAGAGAGGAAAAUCCGAGAAGAGAGAGAGCGACUUUUCCUAGCCAAAGAGAGAGAGCGCGAGAGAGUGGCUUUUCCAGGAGGUUUGGGCCUUCCAAAAUAACACAUUCCUCGUACAAAGGAUUGGCUUCGCAUUGACAUUGGAAGCUUCUCGGUUUUCCGCUUUUCCUGCUGCUCGAGUUUGGAGUUUCCCCGACGCUUUCAGUUCGUGGCUAGACUUUGGAGCGUGCUGUGCUUGGGAAAAACUGUGUGCGUGAGCAGCGGAAAAUCGAAAAAGGCCCCCGCCAACCCCCUCCACUCCCCGUACGCACACUUUUACACCGCAUUUUCCACAGGCCAAAUGUGUAAUAAAAUCGAAACAAUGGAACAGCAAACAAAACAACAGAAAAUAUAAUACCGAAUUGAAGUUCAUUUGAAUUGUGAGUGCAGAGGGCCGCAAGAAAAGGUGUUUUCCCUCGGUGAACGAGUGUGUCUGUGACAAAUAUUUUCCUAAAGCCAGAUAAAUGAAAAUUCCUUAAAUUACAAUCGGAAAUGUAAAAUAAUUAUAUUCCUAUGCUAUAACAAAUAAACACAAAAUCAAAAACUUAACCAACGCUUAAACAAACCCUUAAACUAAACCUAAACAAUACGCCAGUGAAUUUAAUACUCUUUAGUUGCUAUUGCCCCCACAAAAUGCUGCCAAACCACGCCUGAGCCUCAAUCUCAAUCUCAACCCCAAUCUCAACCUGAACCUGAGCCCGGAACCACGACCCAGGGGCCAGGACCAGAACACAACUGUGAUCAUAGACAUAACAACGAGAGUGGCGCAGGAAGGGAGCCAGGAGGGAACCGCAGCCACAGCCACAGCCAAAGAUGAGGGAAUCGGGGGACACAGCCAGCAGCCUGCCAGACCGCAACUGAGCGAUUUAUAGAUCCGCAGAUAAUACCGGGCCCGGAAAUCGGAAUCAAUUGCCCCGGCGAUAGCAAUCGGCAAUCAGCAAGAGGAAAGGACACCAGAGCAGCAAACUCGCCAAAGGAGGCUGUAAUGACGACAAUUGACGCGAUGUAGCGCAGACUUAUGGUCGGCGAACGCGACAGGGACCGUGAGGCGGUACGCUGGGCAACGGGUGAAUCAACACCGCUUCAAACCAAUAAUGGAGUAUUACAAAUGGUCGGGCAAUUGCAAGGUGGACAGGCUGCUGGCCAGCAACAGCAACAGCAACAAGCGACUCAGCAACAGCAACAGCAACUCUCAAGGCAGCAGCAACAGCAACAGCAGCAGCAGCAGCAGCAACUGCAACACAAGCAGCAACAGGACAUCCUGUAUCAGCAACAUAACGAGGCAAUUGCAAUUGCACGCGGACUGCAGGCUGCAACACCUGCCGACAUCGGCGAUAAUCAGCCGUACUACGAUACAAGCGGUAAUGUCGAUUGGGAGCGGGCGAUGGGAACCGGUGGAGCUGGUGCAUAUGGUGGCAUCGGCAUCGGAUCUCUACCAGCAGCUGGCGGUGCUGCUUAUCACCUUGGGCCAGCUAAUCCCGCAGGCCUCGUUCCUCGUCACAUGGAUUACGCUGAUGGCGGCCACCUUGCUGGCCCAUCCGCCGGUCUUCCUGCUGGAGGUGUGGGCGGACCGGCAGUCACGGGAUCAGGAUCCACAGGAGCGGGAGCAGGAGCAGGAACAGGACCAGGAGCAGGAGCAGCAGGCAAGGAAGUUCGCUACGCCCCAUUCCCAGUCGCAUCACCAACGCACUCGAUUCCCACAACCUCCCAGCAGAUCGUUGGCAGCGUCGGUGGCGGGGGCGUCGGUGGUGCCACCAGCAGCCAGUCGAUCUCUGGCGGUGGCGGUGGUGGUGUGCCCACCAAUCACAGCCAGAGCAACACCACCGGCGCCCUGCAGCGGACACAUUCCAGAUCCAUGUCCUCCAUACCGCCGCCCGAGCCGUUCAUGAUAGCCCAGUCGAAGGCGGUCAAUAGCCGCGUGUCCAUCAACGUGGGCGGGGUGAGGCACGAGGUCCUUUGGCGGACCCUGGAGCGACUCCCACACACGCGGCUCGGGCGGCUGAGGGAGUGCACCACCCACGAGGCCAUCGUGGAGCUGUGCGACGACUACUCGCUGGCGGACAACGAGUACUUCUUCGACCGACAUCCGAAGAGCUUCAGCUCCAUCCUGAACUUCUAUCGCACCGGCAAGCUGCACAUCGUCGACGAGAUGUGCGUGCUGGCGUUUAGUGAUGACCUGGAGUACUGGGGCGUCGACGAACUGUACCUGGAGUCCUGCUGCCAGCACAAGUACCACCAGCGCAAGGAGAACGUCCACGAGGAGAUGCGCAAGGAGGCAGAGUCCCUGCGGCAGCGCGACGAGGAGGAGUUCGGCGAAGGUAAAUGCGCCGAGUACCAGAAGUAUCUGUGGGAGCUGCUCGAGAAGCCCAACACCAGCUUCGCCGCCCGGGUUAUCGCAGUGAUAUCCAUACUAUUCAUAGUCCUGUCUACCAUAGCCCUGACGUUGAACACCCUACCACAACUACAACACAUUGACAACGGUACACCACAGGAUAAUCCGCAAUUGGCAAUGGUUGAGGCCGUGUGUAUCACGUGGUUCACUCUAGAGUACAUACUUAGGUUUAGCGCCUCGCCGGACAAGUGGAAGUUCUUUAAGGGCGGCCUUAACAUAAUCGAUCUAUUGGCAAUACUCCCAUACUUUGUUUCGUUAUUUCUAUUGGAAACGAAUAAGAAUGCAACGGACCAGUUCCAGGAUGUGCGUCGGGUGGUGCAGGUCUUUCGCAUCAUGCGCAUCCUGCGAAUCCUUAAGCUGGCCCGUCACUCAACGGGCCUGCAGUCGUUAGGCUUUACGCUGCGUAACUCGUAUAAGGAACUCGGUCUACUAAUGCUGUUCCUGGCCAUGGGCGUUCUCAUAUUUUCUUCGCUGGCAUAUUUUGCCGAAAAGGAUGAAAAGGAUACAAAAUUCGUUUCAAUACCGGAAACAUUUUGGUGGGCGGGUAUUACAAUGACAACUGUUGGCUACGGGGACAUCUAUCCCACAACUGCACUGGGAAAGGUUAUUGGUACUGUGUGUUGCAUAUGCGGUGUUCUGGUAAUCGCUUUGCCUAUUCCCAUCAUCGUUAACAAUUUUGCUGAAUUUUAUAAGAAUCAGAUGCGCCGCGAAAAGGCCCUCAAGCGUCGCGAGGCACUCGAUCGUGCCAAGCGCGAGGGCAGCAUUGUCUCCUUCCAUCAUAUCAAUCUGAAAGAUGCCUUCGCCAAGUCCAUGGAUCUCAUCGAUGUGAUUGUCGACACAGGCCACAAUCUCUCGCAAACGGACGGGAACAGCACCGAGGGCGAGUCCACCAGCGGACGCAAUCCGGCCACCACCGGAACCGGCUGCUACAAGAACUACGACCACGUAGCCAACCUGCGCAACUCCAACCUGCACAACCGCCGCGGCUCCAGUUCUGAGCAGGAUGCAGUGCCGCCGUACAGCUUCGACAAUCCCAAUGCCCGCCAGACCUCGAUGAUGGCCAUGGAGAGCUAUCGCCGCGAGCAGCAGGCAUUGCUGCUGCAGCAGCAACAGCAACAGCAACAGCAGCAGCAGCAACAGAUGUUGCAGAUGCAACAGAUGCAGCAGAAGGCCCCCAACGGAGGUGGAACCGGAUCGGGAGUGGCCAACAACCUGGCCAUGGUGGCCGCCUCCAGUGCGGCGACUGCCGUGGCCACCGCCAGCUCCAGCAAUACCGCCCAGGGGUCAGAGGGCGGCGCCGAGGGAGGCGGUGGCGAGGGGGGCGGGGCCGAUGAGGACAACCUGUCCCAGGCGAAGGGACUGCCCAUCCAGAUGAUGAUCACGCCCGGGGAAGUGGCCGAGCUGCGCCGCCAGGUGGCGCUGGAGAACCUGCAGAACCAGCGGAUGGACAACCUGGAGCAGGACGUGCCCGUGGAAUUCGAGUGCUGUUUCUGCACAACCAAGGACUUCAAGGAGUUCACGGAUGCGGAGGGCGUGAUCUCGCUGCCCACCUCCGAUUUCCACAAGCCGAUCUGUCUGGAGAUGCGACUGGCGGCGGCGAGUCGUCAGGCGGGAGCCUUUGGUCUGCUGUCGCCGCUGCCGUGCCCCCCGCCCCCGCUGCCCCACCAUGGUCCGCUCCUGGCCCUGCCCCCGCCACCCCCACUGCCCCCCUCGUCCUGCGCCGCCGUCCUCUUGCCCGCCAUCUCGCAAUCUUCGUCCACAUCCUCCUCGUACGGCACCACCACCUCCACCACCAUCGCCCUGCCCCUGGAUGUGUCCCUGCGGUAUGGGGCAACCAUCUGCAGUUCGUCCAACUUCAACCACAACUACAACAACAACUUCAACACCACCACUGUGGGUGGGGCAAAUGGAUCGCUGCUGUUUGGGGGUAACUACAAUGGGAGCAACAACAACAAUGCGGAUCUGGCCAGUGUGGAUAGUUCGGACACCUAUGCCAGCUGUCAGACGCAUCCGUUCCUCUCCCAAGGAGACCUCACGGCGGACUUCAAUGACGAGGCCUGUGCUUUGGACAUCGACAUGGAUAACCUGUACAUAAAUCCCCUGGAAAGGGAGCAGCAUCAGGGGAUCAGCAGCUCCACGGGCUUCAUUGUGGGCCUGCCAAGUACCCAGUCGUCGGGCGGUGGACUACGUGCCCAGGUGAAGAAGAGCGCCUCGGGCGACACGGCCCUGAGGAACUUGGCCUCCGGCGGCGGAGCAUCCGGCGGCCUGAGUCCCCUGGACGAUGUCUACCAGAGCUUCGAUGUCCAGGAGCUGGGCAGCAGGGUCAGCUUGAACGAGAACUCAGUGCCAAAGCAUCGGAAGACGCGGUUCCAGCAGAGCUUCACCGCCAUUCGACCAAGUGGAGGUGGUGUCACCGGAGGCGGAGUCCUCGCGGGCAUCCGGCCACGCGCCCGAUUUGAGGACACCAAGCUGGACGACGAGACGGGGGCGCGGGCACCGGACGGAUCCGGCAGCCCGGCGGCCAGCGGAUUCGGCGGCCAGGGACCCAAGAAGAAGCGCUCGGUCUUCAUGCCGGGCAAGAGCCUAGCCACUGCCACCAAACUGAUCAACCAGCAUUUGUUUGGCAUACAGAAUGUGGGCGCCAAAGCCAAGUUCGAGAGCAAGCAUUCCUCUUCGAUAGACUCGAUUGACGCCUCGCCCAACCUGGAGCAUCACCGGCGCUCCAAGUCGAUCCUGAAAAACAAGUCUGAUAUCUCGCGCGUCCUGUCCGAUCCGGAGAGCGAGCGACUCCUGGCGGACAACAUGUCCGGCUCCGGUGUCUCCGACAACGGCACCGUAAUGGGCGAAUCCGGCAGCGAUUACUCACCGAAUAAAUUACCUCAUUCAGUUUUAGCUAAGUCUAUAUCCCCACCACCCCUCAGGCACCGCACCCUAAUGCACCAGCGCUCAGGACCAGCGACCUUGCAAUCGAAGCCCACGAAGUUCCAGACGCCCCGUUAUCCCGAGGAGCAGGCGUUGCGCCAGGUGAAGCCGCUCCUCUCGCGCGCUCCCCCUUCCACAUCCGCAUCCGCAUCGGCGGCAUCCGCGGAUGGUCAGCAAACCAGGGACAGCAGUCUGGACUCGGAGACGACCUUCACAUCGCCCGUGAGCAGUCGAGCUGGAGAGGAUCAACCCACUGCCGGACAAGUCCCCAGCCAAGUGCCAGUGGCUCCUGGCCAGGAGGAUCGCGACGAGGAGGGGGAGGCGGAGGCCAACGACGAGCAGAGGGCCCUGCUCCAAGGAGCCGACGCCGAGGAGGCGAAGAGGGCGGGGAACGAGGGCACGUAGCAAUUAGGGACCCACACACAAACCAACACCCCCAGAAAAAUGUAAAAAACAAAACUUAUUCCAAGGGAAACCCACACAUACACAACACACCCACACACACAACACACCCACACACACAACAUACAAAAGGGAAAACUCAAAGUGAUAGCAAAGUUAGCAAACAUGGAAUGUGAAUUAUACAAAAGCAAUGAACAGUAUCCUAGUCUAGAGAUGGUGAAUGGAGAUGGUCCCUGGCAGAUCCCCGGAAUUCGAUCUGCGUAUUUUUACAAAACGAAAAAAAAGGAAGUGCAACCCGAACGGAGCCGCGCAAGUCGUACAAACAGCAAACAGCUACAGCUACAUAAGAAAUUAUAAUCUUAUAAUACUAAACGAAAUGCUACAGUGUAAAUAGCAGAGCCCAAUCCACUCGUGUACAGAGCAAUACCUUAUUUACCGCCUUCAGGACACAGCUAAACAGAAAAAGUAUAUAGACGAAAUCACCAGAAAAGCCUAAAUAGCAACAAAUGAAACGGAAAUAUUCAUAUUUUGAAUGCAACUUAUAAGUAUAUACAAUAUUAUAGAGUAUACACGCAUCGCAAUUGCAACUCGCAUAUUUACACACUAUAUAUAUAUACAAACUAAACGAUAUAUAGCUCGAACUAUUUUUCAAAAACCACGCGCUAAACCCCGCAGAUCGGAGGCUUGAGGAAGUUAUAGGCGAGGAGGGGACAUACAUAUGUACGACAGCCCCAGUAAAUUAGAUCCGCAUUGCAUAUAUCUGUAUGUAAAUCGUUCGUUCGCGUAUCGUUCAAAUUCAUAAUGUCAAAAAAACGUAGUUGAAAAUCGUUGGGCAACCAGUUCGUUUCUAUAUCUAUAAGUAUAUGUGCGUGUGUGUAGGGCUUAGGGCUUAUCGAUAGAGCUUGGCUUGGCUUCAAAUCCCCCGAUAUAAUCUGAUUUGCCACAGGAGAUUGGGUAAAUGCAAUAUUGCUUGGAUGUAGAUGUUGUUAUUUAUUAUGGGGUAUGGGAAAAUGCCAUUCGAGAGUGUCUUGUGAGAGGGGCUAAUCAAAUCUCUGGAGAUUUCAAAUAUUUCCUUAGAUUUCUGUGGCACAUCUACUGAAGUUCUCGCGAUGGUAUUGAUCCCACCCAUAUACAUUGUUAGUUAGUUAUGGAGCGUGUAUGUGUUACGUAUGUUAGUUAGUUGAGUUAGUUAGUUCUACCCUAGGCAAUCGAUGUUUAGUUCCCUAGUCCUCCGUUCUCCGAAUACGUAAGCAAUAAAAUUGAAUAUCUUCGAGAAUGAAGAGCGUGUUUAGUCAAUUAUUGCAACCCGAGUUGUUAGUCCCCACAUUCCAUUCUGUGUAUGCGUGCGAGAGUGUUUUGGUUUUGGUGUAUUAGUAUACCAACUUGGCAGGUUUCCAUAUCCUCCAUGGGUUAUCCCGAUCGAUCUGUCCAACAACUGGCUUGGGUUUGUCCUGUUUAGUUGCCUCUGCGAUGAGCCAGGAUGCGAGUUAGCCUCUUAGAAACAUAUCAGUAAAGGGAAUACGAACUCACUCACUCACACACACACCCAACACCUCUCACAGAUACACACAUCCACACACACACCCACACACACUGUAAAGAAAGAUACACAAAUUUUAUUACGAGACGAUAAUAAAAUGUCUCAUCGUCCGCUUUUCGAAUUGAUAAGAACACAAGCAUUAACACAAAAACAGAACUAAACCAAUCAAAAAACGACAGCAAAAAACACUAUUCGAUAACUAAUGUUAAAGCCAAGAACUCGAAGUAAUAUAGUUAAACAUUUUUAGAAUAUGUGUACGUAUUAACAAAUGCUUGAGGCAUCCAAAAAUUUUGUAAGCAAUUCAUUUAGGAUUAUCUACACGGUUUUUUGGUGAGCACCGGCCACAUUCCGCCACUCCAUAUUCUUAAUUGUAACUUUUGUAAAUACUUAUUUCAUAUACAAGCCCCUUGAAAAGCAGUUUCAGUUCUAUUAUUUUUCGAAACUCAUUUAUGCCAGCAGCAAACGAAUUGAACUUGAAAUAAAACUAACGAGAUAUAUUAAGUAAAUGACGAGCAGAGCAAAUACACGACUUAAGUGCAACACGUGCAAACGCAAGAUGUUAUUAAUAUUUAAAUUAUUUACCUAACGAUACAUACAUUUUAAUGUAGUCUGACGACGACGACGAUUGUAAAUCAGCUAAAUUGAAUACCGGAAAUCGUUGGCAAGCAUACAAAUUUAUUAAAGCGUAUUUAAAUCUAUAUGAGCGAAAAGUCAUGAAAAUAUAUAAAUCAUUGAGUAACAUUUAA